UGUGGUGUUGCAGUACAGUCACUGAGAGAGAUUUUUCAGGCAAGAAAAAAACCCAGCUCAAAGUCAAAGAAACGCCCAGAGGUCUCACUCUCAUUAUUUUACACAGAUAAAGGAAAGAACAUAGGUGCUGUUUAUAAAAAAUAUUCAAGCCUCAAGUGCACGACGAAGCUCGUUCCCAAGGUCACUUUGCCUCAGGAAGAAGAAAUAUGCUCCACCAAGGAGUGGUUGAGCAAAUUCAGUAUAAAGAAUUUGAAGCUCGAGUUGCCCAGUCUCGUUUUUGGACCUGAGUGCAAGCAUCAAAAGCACAUGGUGGAGUCUUUGCACAAGCAAGUGUCUGCUAAGUACUGCCACAUCUUCCCCAGCGUUGAAAUGCAUGGCAUCGUCAAACACCUGCAGGUUCAGCUCAAGGAUUUGGAGGACUACAUUGAGCAGAUGGAAAAGGUGCUACGGCGUUAUGUUCGAAGAUUACAGUGGCUUCUCUCAGGAAGCCGUCGGUUGUUUGGUGUCAUUUUGGAAGCGAAUGUUUGCCUCCUGAUUGAUGCAUCAGGUUCCAUGGAGAGCUCUUUGGAAGAGGUCACCAAAGAGCUCACCUCUCUUAUCUGGGAACAGCUGAGGAAGAACAACAUGAAGUUCAAUCUGAUCAGCUUUGCAGAAGACGUUGAGGUUUGGCAAGAGUGUCUUGAGGAGGCCACAGAUGAG